CUCAGCUUCCCACUUCUUUGGUUGGAGUGGAGGGAGGCAAAGGCAAAAGGCAGCUGCCCGUAUUACAUAUGUCAUAACCAGAUUCUGACAACAUCAAAUCUUACAAGAACAAGAUAUAGAUAUAGAGAGAGAGAAGGUGCAAAGAAUGGGAAGAUCACCAUGCUGUGAUGAGAGUGGGUUGAAGAAAGGGCCAUGGACUCCUGAAGAAGAUGACAAGCUCAUCAAAUACAUACAGAAACACGGACAUGGAAGCUGGAGAGCUCUCCCCAAACUUGCUGGGUUAAACAGGUGCGGGAAGAGCUGCAGGCUGCGAUGGCAUAACUAUUUAAGACCAGAUAUCAAGAGAGGAAAGUUCUCUCAAGAAGAAGAGCAAACCAUUCUCAAUCUCCAUGCCAUUCUUGGCAACAAGUGGUCUGCAAUAGCAACUCACCUGCCGGGGAGAACAGACAAUGAGAUAAAGAAUUUCUGGAACACACAUCUGAAGAAGAAGCUGAUCCAGAUGGGGUUCGACCCCAUGACCCACCGCCCACGAACCGACAUCUUCUCCACUCUCCCUCACCUCAUCGCCCUCGCUAACCUCAUCGACAACCCUUCAUGGCCGGAAGAACAAGCCAUGCGCCUCCAAGCUGCCGAAGCUCUCCACAUCGCUCGCCUCAACCAGUACCUCCAGACCCUCCUCCACCACCAGCCCCCGGCGCCAUUCCCCACCGCUGCUACUACUGUUCCUGCAGAUAUUUUUCUCCAGGACCCGGUGGCGCCUUUCUCCCAUUUACCUGAUUUACAAGCCCCAUGCAGCGUUAUUAAUGAUCAGAGUUCCUUGAGCAAGUGCGGCGGCGGCGUGGGUCAGGGUUCUGAUUUUUGUGCAGUGGAGAACUCGCCGGGGUCUUCUUCCCCGUGGCUGAUCAGGCAGAAUCUGUCUCCGUCGCCACCAUCUGCGGCGGCGCCGGUGACUGAGAAUUCCAUUACUAACACGGUGGAUGCUUGCAGCACGUCCAGCUACGGCGGUGCUCAAAUGUGGUCUGAUCUUCUGGAUGAUCCUAUUUUCCAUGAGAUUGCUUAGUACUGUGUAAUUAUAUACAUACACACACAUAUACGUAUGUCAUCUGUAGCUACAAGCACUUUUGCCUUCGUUUUCUGUGAGUUUUUGUUGUCAUGAUCUUCUCUUUUAUCUUUCUUUCUUUUUUUUUU